AUGGCAAGAUCGCUCAAGAAAUCAGCCAAGUUGAGUCUAAGACGAGUCCGGAUCAACUCACCGUCGAUUAGGUUCAAACCAGACUCGAGUUCCAUAGAGAGAGACCAAAGAAUCGAGUUUCUAGGCGAAAAUGGAGAUGAUGCCGGAUCAGGAGGAGAAGAAAACAAAGGCGCAAGCAGCGAAAGCGAAGAGACUGAAGACAAAGAAGAAGAAAAAACAGUCAAAGUAAUAUUAGAAGAAGAAGAGGAGAAAGAGCAAGAUGAUGGCAAGACCUUUGACAACGGAGGAGUAGAAGGAAGAAAAGAGGCGGUGGUAGCGGUUGAGACGGUUAAGGAGGAGGUGGCGGAAGGCGGGAACAGAGUAAUGGUGGUGGUGGAUAAAGCGCUUGCGUCUACCGGAGCUUUAGAAUGGGCUAUAACACAUACUCUACAACCACAAGACACUCUUUUUCUCUUAUACUUUGCAAAACCCUUUAGAAAAGGUUUUGCUUCUGCCUUUCCUCUCCUCUUUUGUUUAAGUUUCUGUUUCUUAAGCAUAAGAUAA